AUGCUCGGGGUCCGUACAAACUAUCGCCGCUCCGACUGGUAUGUGGCUAUGCGACUCGAUCCUUCGCGAGACAAUGUCCUGUCGCAGAGGGACGACACCAGGCACAAUGAGCUCCGCGCAAAGAUGGCUGCAGGUUACUCGGGCAAGGAAGUCGAGAACCUAGAGAACCGCAUCGACCAGUGCGUCCUCGACCUAUGCCAACUCAUCGAGCGCAAGUACCUAUCGACCGAACAAGACUAUAAACCCCUCGAUUUCGGUCGCAAGGCGCAGUACUUUACCCUCGACGUCAUUUCCAACGUCGCCUUCGACGAGCCGUUUGGCUUCCUCGACAACGACGCCGAUAUCCAUCGGUACAUCCAGACCACCGAGGAGAACUUGCCCGCCAUCAUCUUGGUCAGCGUGCUGCCAUGGCUCAACUGGGCGCUGCAGUCACCGCUUCUGAAGAGCUUGCUUCCGUCGGAGAAGGACCCGAUUGGUCUCGGAAAGAUUAUCGGUCUUGCCGGCUCCGACACGACCGCCACCGCCCUCCGCGGCACCCUCCUCCACAUCCUCUCGACACCCCGCGUCCACGCCCGCCUCCUCGCCGAAAUCGCCGCCGCUGCCCCGUCUCGUCCCAUCAAGGACGCCGAAGCCCGCCAGAUGCCCUACCUGCAAGCCGUCAUCAAGGAGGGGCUCCGCAUUUUCCCUCCCGUCACCGGCCUCAUGUCCAAGGACGUGCCCAAGGGCGGCGACACCUAUAACGGACUGUACAUCCCCGACGGCACCAAGAUUGGCUACUGCGCCUGGGGCGUGUUCCGGAGGAAGGAGAUCUGGGGCGAAGACGCGGCGGUUUUCAGGCCCGAGCGGUGGUUGGAUGGCUCGUCGGAAAAGGUCCGCGAGAUGGAGGCUACCUUGGAGCUAGUAUUUGGCUACGGAAGGUGGCAGUGCUUGGGCAAGAAUGUUGCCCUUAUCGAACUUAACAAGGUUUUCGUCGAGUCCUCCAACUCGGGCAUCUUCAUGCAGUCCGAGAUGUGGAUACGCGCAAGCAAGAAGGACUAA